AUGCUUGUUCUUACAAAGCAGUCUGACAAAGCUUGUCCCAAUAUAGAUGGUGAUAUUGGUGUUGAUGGUGAUAGCAGAGAAGGUGAUGAAUGUGGUCCAAGUAGAGAUGGUGAAAUUGAUGUCGAUGGUGAUAACAAAGAAGAUGAUGAAUGUGGUCCUAGUACAUUUGAAGAUUCCAUUCGUGAGCCUAACACAGAGGACGGGAGCUAUGCUGGAGAUGAUGAAAACAGCCAGAAGAUUCGUUCUGAAGAUGAUACAGCUGAACCUACAGCAAAGGAUAAAACCCCUACCCCAAAUUUCUCUACUCCAAAUUUCAAUAUUAUCUCUGAAGAUAGUCAGGAUAAGGAGAAGGAAGGAAUUUCAGUUUCUGAAACAAACAAUGAGGCAUGUAAGAAAAGUUCUGAAAGUAAGAAGUACUGUAGAAAGAAGAGAUAUGUCAGAGAAAGAAAAGAGACAAAUAAGCGUAAACAAGGGGAUAAUUCUUAUAAUGAUAUUCCUACAAGAAAACAGCCUCAGAGAAAAAAAUGCAAAAAUACUGACAAAGUUGCUGCUGAUCUUGGAACAAGAACAUGUGAUCAAGAAUUAGGGGAUAAAGCUGAUAAUGAUGUUCCACUAAAAACUAGUCAACAAGAUGUAGAUAAUAAAUCAAAAGCUGAUGGUCCAUCAAGAAGAAGCCAGCGAAGUCAAGUGCCUUCCAUUUAUUCUCAGCCACCUUACACGGCAGAGAAGAAGAAGCACCCAACACUUCACCCCUUUGCAAAAGUUGACACAAAAAGGUUUGAAAGUUUAUGUGAAUGGAAGAAGUCGACAAAAAACAAGGUGCUAACAGUUGGGGGAAUCAAAGUAGAUUCCAAAUGGUUCACAACACUAGAAACGCAGGGGAAACCAAUAUCAGGAUCGCAUGUUGAUGCAGCUUUACACUUGAUCAAAACUAGAAGGGAAAAUCAUCCAGAAAUGUACCUUAACAAAACUGUUGUUUUUGUUGGAUCAUCUUUCUUAAAUGCGAUUGACGAUGAGUAUGCUGAGUUUGUAGUCGCAAAAGAUGAUUUUCAGUUUAGUUCUGAAGAGAUAAGUAAGCUGGAGAUUGGAAGCAAGACAAAUUACAUAUAUGCUCCUAUGUGCUUGAAAGGAAAAUGUUGGGUUCCAGUAGUGAUCAAUAUCGAGAGAAGGUCUUUGAUCAUUCUCGAUUACGCGACAUCAUUUGUUUCAGAAAAUGUUAAAAGGAUGCAUGUGGUUGCAUAUUCUGUUGCGAUGCCGUACAUUUUGCGCAAGCUCCUCAACAAAACAGAUAUGGAUGUUUCAGCAUUCAAAAUAUCUGUAGUGGACAAUAUAUCACAGGCUGAAAAGAUUGAAGAUACUGGGAUGUACAUGAUGAAGAUGAUGGAAUGCUAUGCUAUGCAUAUUAAUGCAAAUGAGAAACUUUCAGAAGGAAAAAUUGGAGACAUGAGAAAGAAACUUGCGGUUGACAUCUUUACAGAAAUAACAGAUUUCUAGGUAAGACUUCUCUCAGGUUUUAACAUGUAAAUUAGAAACCUACAACUAAGCUUAUAUUUCUUGAUUUAUUACUUUGAUCAGGGGCUAAUUGUAAGAGCUGGGAAGAAAAGAUUGCUGGGGGAAAAAUGAUCUGUUCUUUUUGAAGAAAACGUUGCUGUUUUACAAAUUUUUAAUUUUUGCUGAGAAUAUCUGUAGUGAUUUUCGCAUGAAUUUUACUUUGUAUAACUCUCUAGUUGUGAAUUUAAGUUUUUUUUUUCUA